UCCUGUAAAGAAUGUCCAGAGAUGAGGUGGUGGAAAUGCGCCAUUUGCUCCGUACAAGUAUCCGAUGUAAUAGAAUACGGGCACAGGCCAUUGCAUAGACGGUAAAUCGCCUGCCAAGCCCUGAAUCACGGAUAUUGGGUCAGGCCAGAUUGGUAACGAGCGUAUUGGCCAGUCACCGCUGGAGUGGCAGCCUGAGGUGUCGAUGGCUGAUCGUGGUGGGAAAAAGGUUGAUUCGAACAGGAAGGAGGGAAAAAGAGAACAGCACACAAUAAAAGCCAUGGGUCUGUGAUGGUCAGGGGUAGAUACGGCAAAAAUCUGUCUUCCUAUACAUUACGAUAGCAUAGGUUUUUCAAAUCCAAAAAAAGACCGCGACACAAAACUCUGAACUUUGGCUAUCCAAGAGGAAUCCAGAGUACUGAACUCGAGUCCACGUUCUGUUGAGAGGGUUUCUUUCUGCCGGUCUGGAUCGCCGCUCACACUUUUCCCGCUCUCCUUUCCCGACUCCACAAGGCAGGCACUUUCCUUUUACCCCAGCAACUACGACCACGACACUCUUCGUAUAUAUACACUCCUUAUAUACGCCUGUUCCACGGGCCAUGGUCUCGGCAGACCGGUCCUGGUGCAUCGUGUGAAUUCCAUCGACUCCAACGGUCUGAUCAGCUCUCAUUUCCACCCCUAAUCCUCCCACCGCCGUCGCUCCUCCGAACUCCGCCGCCCGCCCCCCCAACGGUCUACACACGCGACAACCAACACCGUCCCAGGUCGAGGACAGUGUGAGAGUGGUCGGUCGCUCCCAUCUCCCCGUCGCGAUAAUACGAGCCCAUUCGAACCAGAAGGGUCUACGAACUAUGGGACCAGCAGAGACACCCUCCUCACCCGCCUUCCCUGCCCUGGACCCCAUCAUCAUGGACGACGAGAUGGAGUCCACCUUCCGCAAUGCCAACAUGGACUUUCUCGACCCAUCCAAACUGGAUAUGCCCUCCGAGUCUGCCGGAGGAGACUUUGACGAUUUGUUCUCCCAUGUCACCCAUUCUCGUCCUCACGGGGCUCCAGAGUCGUCAAAGCGCUACCGCGACGAGCACCCCCUGAGGCAACAACCUAUCAUGACGGCCGAUUCCCCUGCGGAGUCACCUGAAAACUCGAGUCGCAGUUCCUCGUCGGAAUCUCCACGAAAUCACUUGCGCCAUGCCUCGAUCGCAUCUACCAACUCCGCCGCUCACAGUGAAAACCCGCUGGUAUCGACAGGAUUUGCGGCAGAAGACUGGAUGCGCCCCGAUCUCUCGUCAGUCAAAGAGGAAUCGCCCUUCACGAUAGAUCCGUCAUAUCCUAUGGAUGGCGGUGUUUCCAUGAAUCACCCCGACUUGGAAUUUAGCAACAAGGCCAUGGAUGCCGCGUUUGACUUUGAGAGUGCAGCCAGCAGCCCUAGUCCCUUGAAGACGGAGAACCCGCCUCAACUUAACAGCCAUAAGAAACCGAAACCGCAGAUUUGGAGUCCGUCCAAUGCUUCGGCUGUACCGCCAUCUCAUGAUGUACAAACCGCAUCUUCGGUUUCCCAGGGCGCAUCCCAAUUCUACCCGUUUGGAUACAAGGAGCAGUCUCCCUUUGGAGGCCAAUUCACCAAUGGCACUGACCGAUUGUCUGCACCCCAGUGGUCUGGUCAAUCUCCCUCAUCAUUGUUGGAGGAAAGCUUUGGCGGUAUCAAUAUGAACGGACAGUCCCCGAUGAAUGCUUCCAUGUCACCAAAUAUGAACUUUGGCUCCCCUAGCGCCUUUUCAUUCCCGACCAACUUUGCAUCUCCACCGGCUCAACCUCAAAUGGAUGCCGCCAACCCCGCACAGCCCGUGUUGACCGUUCACCCAACCUCCCUCAAAUCGCGUGUCGAAACACAAAUUCCAAUUCGAUUGACUCUUUCUCCGCUGCCGGCCGGCGUAAAGAAGUUGCGCCUCCCCUCUCACACCAUCUCCAAACUCAAAUUCCUCGCCCCUCCCUCCACCGAAUCUACCCCCGACACCCUCCAAUUAUACACGAGUUUGGUGUGUACGAGUGCAAUGCAGGACCGAGACAAGCUGAAACGGGCAUUUGCACGUACACGUGGCGAAAGAAAUCCCGCGGGCGCAAACGGAACGGAGGAAGAACGACCAUUGGAUGGCGGAGAUGUCAAGAUCUGCACGGGCUGUAUCCAACGAGAGCGGAAGCGUGCUUCUCGGAAGAAGCAGCGGAAGCCCGAAGAGGAUGAGCUCUUCCAGAAAGACGAGGAGAAGCGUGUCAUUGUAUUCAACACCAGCGAAAUCAAGGAGUGGACUGAGCCACCCAAGAGCGCUGCUGCUGGUUACGGUGAAAUGCCUCCGGCCGCUCCGGGAUCGAUGCAGGUUGAACUACCAAUGCGAAUUGCUUGCUACUGUCGACACCAGAACGAGAAGCUCGGAUUCCAGGUCAUCUUCACCAUUAAAGAUCAUUUGGACAACGUUGUGGCGCAGGCGAUCACUAACUCCAUUAUGAUUACGGAUGACCACAAGACACAAGCACCUUCCGCUCCCCCAGCAGCUGGUCCUUCACCUUCCCUACCAGAUGGAAGUCAGUUGCCGGGUGUCGGGGUCUUUUCAUCGGGCGAUAAUGGCAAGGCUGCAAAUGGUGCCUUCGGAUCCCCACAGUCUCCCACCGACCUCCAGGGUCUCCAGCAAAGGUUCAAUUCUCAGUAUCAGCUUACCCCUAGCUCUUUUGCUGUGGCUCAAACAGUCCCCAAUGGUGUAUCCUCCAAUUCUCAAACUCCUCGAAAUCUGUCUCGACAGGCGUCGCCUACCGACUUUCAGGGCCCACAAACUAAGCGACGAAAACACAGCAGCUCUGGCCGACUUCCGUCAGAGUUGACCAUGACUCGUAUGGAAACGCCUCAGUCAUCCAGCUCGGCCAUGAAUAAUGCUGCUCAGCUUGCGGCAGCUCGUGGAUUCGCCUCCCCGACUGAGCGGCCAUUUGUAGCCCCCUCGUCGAUGUCUGGACAAUACGGCAAUGGACCCCCCACGCCGAACCAGAGCAACGACAACAACCCCUUCUUCAACCCGACUCCUGCUCAACGACAAAGUUUGGAUAACCUGGCCCAGCAAAACUUGGUUUCUGCGCCAACCUCCGCUCAGCCUAGUCGUCCGGGAACUCCGGGUGCAUCUGGCCGUAACGCGUUCCAAGAUCAGAAUCUUGCGCUUGCACUCGGUGCUACGUCUGCAAAUCAGAUAUGGCCUUCUCUCGCAACUACUCCAAACCGGUUGCCUUCCGUCAUUCACAAAUUGGUCCCUGCCGAGGGCUCGAUCACUGGAGGUACAGAAGUUACAUUGUUGGGAAGUGGCUUCUAUCCCGGCAUGGAGGUGGUGUUUGGCGAUACAUUGGCAACCACUACUACCUUCUGGGGUGACAAGUGCCUUAACUGUCUCACUCCUCCUGCCCUCCAGCCAGGAUUGGUAUCAGUGGUCUUCAAGCACGAGCAUCCUACUUUUGGACAAGUGCAGCAGCCUCAACCGCUCAUGCCUAAACAGCAACUUUUCUUCCGAUAUGUUGAUGAUCGGGAGCUCCAGAUGUAUCGUCUGGCCCUCAACAUUCUUGGACAGAAGUUGGGUAGCCAAGCGGAUGCAUUCCAAACUGCUCAGCAGAUUAUGGGCAGCGACCCGAACGCUAUCUUCAACAUGCAGAAGGACAUGCAAGGUGGUGGGUCCUCUGGGGGUCACCAACGCCAGGUGCCUGGACACGAGUCUCAAGGCAAGCUCAGCGAUCUUGACUCCAAGAUGCUGACCUACCUCGAGUACAUUGACCUCGACGACAAUCCUCGGCCGCCGCGCUACAACUCUCGUAGCGCCACUGGCCAGUCUCUUCUUCACUUCGCAGCUUCUUUGGGAUUGACUCGAUUUGUCGCGGGCCUGCUGGCGCGUGGUGCAAACCCUGAUGUACAGGACAACACUGGCAAUGCGCCCAUGCACUUGGCUGCCCUUCACGGCCAUGCUCAUAUUGUUAACCGACUUCGCCUGGCUGGUGCCAAUGCCAAUGCUCGUAGCGUGCGUGGCUUCACUGCUGCAGACUUGGCGACAACCCUCCCUGCCCACCAGGCUGCUCUUCUUCCAUCUCGCCACUACCGCUCACGUAGCGUUGGAUCUCUCACAUUGCGUCGGAGACGUAGCAGCUCUGCUUCUCUCAAUUCACUUUGGGAGGCGUCGUCGGCAUCGGGCUCCCUGGGUCACGCUCUCGAUAAUUCAGAGGAGUUUGAUGAUAGUGAAGAGAUGGACAGCGAUGAUUCUGACGCUCCCCUGUUCUUCAAUGCUUCCCGGCGGUCAAGCAUGCACCAAGAUGCUAUCCCACCCAUUGUGGACGCUGGCGCGCAGCCUACUGCACCCGACACGCGCGGGUUCACCACGGCGGCAAUCGUUGCCUGGCGUAACCACCUUGCGGGGCAGAUCAAUCAAUUCCAGCAGAGCGUGGCUAGUGCCUUCCCCAACAUUCCUGCGUUGCCUCCCAUGCCCGCUAUGCCUACUAUGCCCACUAUGCCUGCCAUGCCCGCUAUGCCGGACUACCAGGCCAAUCACAUGAUGCGUCGCAUUACGAACCUCGUACCUCAUCGACCCACGGCUCGAGACGGAUGGUGGGAUCUGCUGAAGGGCAACACUGCCGCUCAAACUCAAAACCAGCCGCCUUCGUACGAUGAGUUGUAUCCUCACCAGCAGGACGAUGCAGAGGCGACAGAGCUGAAGAAAUCAUCUCUCUUGCGUGCUGCAACAGAGGCUGCCAUGGACCAACACUUUGAGGCACAAAUCACCCUCCCGUCUGCGUCUACAUCAACCGCAGCUACUGCCAUUGAGCCCAGCACCCAUGCAGUCAAUAAUGAUCUCAAAGAUAUUACCAUCGGAAGCAAGCUCAUCUCAAGGGAACAACAGAAGCAUCUCCGAGAGCACCAGGCCCGCCGCAUGAAGGGUCUAGGCAGCGACCGGAACCUCUACUUCAUUUGGAUUCCUCUUCUGCUUCUAGUUGUUUGCGCUUGGAUUCGGAAUUACGUGCCAGGGAUCUGGCAAGGCGUCACGGACGGCUAUGACUUUGUGAGGGCUCGCUACACACAGCGGGCUGUGGGAUUGGGCAUUUAGGGACCGUUCUUUUUUUUCCCCCUUUGUCGAUUCAGUUUCAUUACUUUACCUUUUUGAACCUUUCUGGGGCCCUUGGUAUAUUUGGAUACGGUUUUUUUUUUUUUUUUUUUCAUUUUGCUUGAGCGAAUCGUCGCGACCUGGCACUUUUAUAUUUUUGGUUGUCGGCUCCUCUGCUUUAACAUUCUUUUUGGUUUCGCGCAUAAUGAGAGGAUACGACUAUUACAUAUAUUUGCGCCUUGCAAAGGCGAUGCAUUGUUCUGUUAAGAUAGGGGUUUGCAUAGGUAGAUAUUUUAAGUGUUUUUAGUUUUCUGUUCUGCGGUAUACUGGUAUACUGGACACCUUAAGUACGGCAGACGAUGGCGGACUUGGGGAG